UUCCGAUUGUUCUCCCCCUGUCCCUUCACAUUUUCUGCGUGAGCAGAACAGAAAACAGUCGUCGACAGCUCCAGUUUUUCAUGUUAACUCGAAAUGCUGGAGGUGUUUCUCAUUUGCAAGUACAAAAUCACGGUGCAUAUCACGUCAAUUCAUCCUCCCUCCGACAAUAAUAAAUCAGUAGAUAGGAAUUAUAAUAUCUAAUUAUGUGGUGCUGAUUGUCAAGUGUCUUAACUCGUUCCCUUUAAUUUUAAUUAACUUGAGUUCAGUAUUUAUUAUCUAGGAUGAUGUUUUGUUGUCUGAGAAGUUGCUUUAAUGGGCUAGGGUUUGCUGGGGCCCAAACCAGUCAGAAGGAGCCCAAUCCCAUCAAUCUGGAUACCUCUCACAUGGGUCACGAGGUAGUAAUUGUUAUGAACGGCCUAAGAGCUUGUGGACAGGGCUGUGCCCUCACAAAUGUACCUUUAGUACAAAGUAAAAGUUAUUUUGAAGUUAAAAUACGACAAGAUGGAGUUUGGGCAGUGGGUUUGGCCACAAGAACGACUGAUUUGAAUACAUCGACGGGUGGAAAUGACGCUGAAAGUUGGGCCUUGAAUUCUACGGGCAUUAUUCGACAUAAUAAGGAGGAAGUACAUAAAGUGCAAACGCUUGCCCAGGAGGGAGACAUUAUUGGAAUCUCCUUCGAUCAUAUAGAACUCAAUUUUUAUGUUAAUGGGAAACCUCUGGAAGCACCUGUCAUGGGCAUUAAGGGAACAGUUUAUCCUGCUUUAUAUGUGGACGAAGGGGCGAUUCUCGAUUUAAUACCCCAGGAAUUCGCUCACACACCCCCCGGUGGCUUCGAGAAAAUCAUGGUCGAACAAUCUCUACUUUAAUAUUAUUUAUCCUUAAUCAAUUUUACGUGAUAUCUCAUUCCCAGUUAAUUGAUUACUUAUUUAAUUGUGGUGGAAAAAACUUUUCCAAGAAUUUUGUCAAUUGCGUUUCCCUUAAUAUUAAAUGACUGUACAAAUUCAGAUAAUAACAAUAAGAGAAGGAAGAAAGUGUGAAAUGUAAUGUCCAAAUUGUCACAAAUAAACUAUAACUAUUUAAUCAAAA